UAUAGAUAUAUAUUAAGAUACAUAUAUGUGGUAAAACGUGAGUUUCGAAAAGAAUAACAAAAAAGAGUUUAUCAAAUCUGUUUCUCUCUUUCUCCUUUUUCAAUUCCAAUCACCUCUACACGACACUGCAAACAACAAUACUGUUAACGACUGUUACAGAGACAUAGAUAGACACAGUAUUAAGCAGUCGUGUGCCGUCAUCGAUAGUAUCAUUAUUCCUAAUCAUUGCAACAAAAAUGCUAUUGAAGAUCUCAUACGAAAAUUUUUCCUACAGUUGAAAGUCGAUGUUGUUGAAGUAAAUUCAGACCGUCUAUAAAAUCACUUGGCGCAAAUACAACGCAGCUAGUACCUAAUCGAUAUUAAAAGAAGAGAAUUUUCGACUAAAAUUAAACCAAAUAAUUUACCAGUUCUAAAUUCCUAAAUUUUGAAGCUUUGUCAAAGUAUUUUAGCUAGUCUUUUAAAAUAAUUGUUGAUUUUUGGCAAUAAAAAAAAAAAUAAAGAAAGGAAGAAAAAAAGCUAUAUGCAUAAAUGUAACACGUAUAUUAAAUUUAAUGAUUUAUCCUUCAAUUUACUCGACAUAGAUAUAUAUUUUUUAUACAUAUAUCAUAGAAUUGGAAUUUUGUCACAAUGUAUACAGCGUUAUUUGCGAUCAUUAUCGCUAACAUUGUGUGUGCCUUUGAUGAAUCAAUGUUUUAUGAAGAUAUGUCAUUCAGCAGCUUGACUAAUAAAAAUAUAUUUAAUAAUCUAUCUACAGCGAUUGUAACAUAUGUAGAAUUAAAGGAUGUAUUUAGUCUAAAGAAACCAUUAUAUAUAAAACAAUUGACAAAUUCAAGAAACAAAGUAUUUAGUAAUAUGAGUCUAAAAAUAUUAACAGUCUUACUUGCAAAUGGCGCUGGAAAAGGAUUGACAGGAAAUGAAUUAAUGUCUUUUUGGAAUAUUACUGAUAAAAUAUCUUUAAACAACAAAUACCUAUCUGAAUUUACUUUCUUAAAUAAUAUCAAAAACAUCGAAUUACAUGUAGAAAAUGCAAUAUACGUUCAAAAGUCAGUUGAUUUAACAGCAGAUUUUUCAUCAAUAUGCAUAAAUAUACUUCAUUGUUCGAUUUCAAAAGUAGAUUUCAGAGAUCACAUAGAAGUUGCAGAAACCAUAAAUUCCUGGGUCCAAAAGACAACUAAUAAUGAAAUAUUACACGUAUUGUCUCCAGUUAAUAUUGACAAGGAUACAAAAAUUAUGUUGGUAAACACUGCGUACCUUAAUAUCGGAUUGCCAAACUUAAAAGGAGAAAUAGUACAACGCAAAUUUCAUGUUUCUCCAUCAGAAUCACAUUUUGUCCCAACAAUUAAAUUUGAAAAGUCGACGUUUAGUUAUUUUGAAAUACCACAUUGGAAUACCAAAGUCAUUGAAAUUCUAUUUUUGAAUAACAAAAUUACAAUGUUUAUAUUUUUACCAAAUAAAGAGAUGGUACCUGGGAACCUGUACUACCUAAAUAAAAAGUUUAACUUUAAAGAAUUUAAAUCAAUUAGAGAUACAUACUCAUGUGAGCAAGUUAUGGAAUUAUAUUUGCCUAAGUUUACGAUUCAAUAUACUCAAGAUAUGACACAUUUAUUUCGUUGGAACGGCAUAAUUACGAUGUUUAAGGAUAAGGCGGAUUUUACACAUCUUUCAAAAAUUCCUCUAAAAGUGAGCAAUAUCGUUCAAAAAGUUUCUGUGAGGAUUAACGAAGAAGAUUCGAUAAUUCCAGAAGUUGUCAAUAGAAGAGGAAGAAAAUCAGUAGGUCUGCCGCAGGAGUUGGUCGUAGAUCGUCCGUUUAUGUACGUAAUCGAAACAAACGGAAAGAUAGGAUUUAUUGGAUCCGUGCGAAAACCAGACUUUUUAUUUAUGAAAGAUGAACUAUAAAUUCUAUUAUGAAUUAUAAAUUUUAUUACAUUUUUAUGUUUAUUGAAAGUUUAUAUCACAUAAUGUAUGUAAACUAUUUAAAAUUUUAUCAUAUUAUAUAUAUAAAAUUCAAGCAUUAAUAAAUAAAUAAUCUGUGUAUUGAAAAUGUACUUGAGACAUUUUUUGAUCGAUUUAAUUAUUGCUUAAAUGUAGCCAAAUAAAUUUGCAUUCAUAUGCGUUAAAUGCAACAAAAUAAGUGUAUAUAUGCAUAUACAAUCGAGCAAAUAUGUAUCUAGAAUUAUAUAAUGUAAAAU